CGCGAAGAUUCAGUUAAAGAAGUGGGAGCACAAGUUGAGCGUGACUGCGCGAGAGAGAGAAGUGCUAUCGAUUCUGAAGCAUGGAAAAUGCAUCCGAAAACCCAAAAUUCCCAGGCUUCCCUUUCAAACCCUAUUCAAUCCAGAUCGAUUUCAUGAACGCCCUCUAUCAAUCCCUCAACCAAGGUGGCAUCUCCAUGUUGGAAAGCCCAACCGGUACUGGGAAGACCAUGAGUGUCAUUUGUAGUGCUUUGCAAUGGGUGCUUGAUCGGCGACAACAGGAAGCAGCAGGGCUUGUUGUAGGUGGUAGUAAGGAUCAAGCUAAUGGCAAUGGUGGGGUUGGUUCAGAUGAUGAACCUGAUUGGAUGAGAGAUUUCUUUGUCGAAAAAGAGGGAAAGAUAGGAAAUAAGAAGGAAAAGUUUGGGAAACCUGAUAGUAAUCGCGAAAUUAAGAAUGGAAGUCGUAAGGGUUUUAAGGAUCUGGGUAUUGGUGAGACUCGUGUUGAAAAGGGGCGUGAGGGUUUGCGGAAAAAAAAUGAUGUAGUGGAUGUUAAUGAUGAGGAAUUUUUACUGGAAGAAUAUGAGAGUGAUGAUGAGAAAGCACCUGGUGGUGGUGUGUCCAAGAGGAAGGCUGUGAAAUCCACUUUGGCUUCCUCUAGUGAGGAUGAGUCUGAUAAUGGUGAUGAUGAGGGUGAGGAGGAGGAGAAGACAUUGAAGGUUUAUUUCUGUAGUCGAACGCAUUCUCAGCUUUCACAGUUCGUAAAAGAGUUGCAGAAGACGGUCUUUGCUAAUGAGAUGACUGCUGUGAGUUUAGGCUCCAGGAAAAAUCUCUGCAUUAAUGAAGAAGUACUAGCUCUUGGAAAUGCGACACGCAUAAAUGAGCGGUGCUUGGAGCUCCAGAAGAAAAAGAAAAAUGAUGCUACGAAAGUUAAGAGCUUAAGAGCAGGUGCAGGGGUACGCCGAACAAAGGCCUCCUCUGGUUGCCCAAUGCUUAGAAAACAUAGACUACAACAAGAAUUCAGGAAUGAGAUAUCUCAACAAGGGCCUUUGGAUAUUGAAGAUCUUGCUAACCUUGGAAGAACUGUGGGAACUUGUCCUUACUAUGGCUCUAGAAGCAUGGUUCGGAGAGCUGAUCUUGUCGUCCUACCGUAUCAAUCUCUUCUUUCAAAAUCAUCUCGUGAAGCACUUGGUCUGAAUUUGAAGUCCAAUAUUGUUAUCAUAGAUGAGGCUCACAAUUUAGCUGAUUCACUCAUCAGCAUGUAUGACUCCAAAAUUACUUUAUCACAGCUGGAGAAGGUGCAUUGCCAUGUGGAACAGUACUUUACAAGAUUCCGGAACCUUUUGGGACCUGCUAAUAGGAGAUAUAUUCAGACGCUGAUGGUCCUCACACAAGCAUUUCUCCGAGUACUGCUCAAUGAGAAAGAUGGAUAUCUCAUAGAUUCUUGCCGUGAUAUAGAACAUGCUGCUGAAGAAAGUAGAGCCUCUGAUUUUACUAUGGCCAUCAAUGAUUUUUUAUUUGAACUAAAUGUGGACAAUAUCAACUUGGUCAAAUUGUUCAAGUACAUAAAGGAAAGUAAUAUCAUGCACAAGGUUAGUGGUUAUGGAGAAAAGCAGGCUACCUUGGAGAAGAUAUCUUCACCUGAAUCAAGGGAACAUGGUGAAGAGGGGAGCUGCCAGUCAGCUUUCCAGGCAUUAGCUGACAUAUUGCUGUCGUUGACAAACAAGGACAGUGAUGGAAGGAUAAUAAUUUCCAGGUCUAGACCAACCAGCCUCAGGAAACAAGGAGGGUAUAUUAAAUAUGUUAUGCUCAGUGGAGAGAAGAUUUUCUCUGAGAUUGUAGAUGAAGCACAUGCCGUUGUAUUAGUAGGAGGAACACUUCAACCUAUAGAAGAGACAAGGGAGCGACUCUUUCCAUGUUUGCCACCAAAUCAGUUGCAUUUUUUUUCAUGUGGUCAUAUUGUCCCUCCAGAUAGCAUUAUGCCAAUUGCAGUCACUCGUGGGCCUACUGGCCGCUCCUUUGAUUUUAGCUACAGCUCUAGGAGCUCACCAGAUGUGAUGCGAGAACUAGGUCUUUUGCUAUGCAACUUGGUGACCGUGGUUCCAGAAGGAAUUGUAGUCUUUUUCCCUUCAUUUGAUUGUGAAGGUAGAGUCUAUCAAAACUGGGAGUCUUCUGGCAUCCUUGAAAGAAUUACGAAGAGGAAGCGUGUCUUUAGAGAGCCCAGAAAUAAUAUGGAUGUUGAAUCUGUUCUUAAGGAAUAUAAAGAUACCAUUUAUGGCCUAUCGAGUAUGAAUUCAGAUGCAAACCGAGCAUCUCGUAGUGGUGCAAUACUCCUUGCUGUUGUUGGUGGGAAGAUAUCUGAAGGAAUCAACCUAAGUGAUGGGAUGGGUCGAUGUAUAGUCAUGGUUGGACUGCCAUAUGCUAGCCCGUCUGACAUUGAGUUGCUGGAGAGGAUAAAGCAUAUUGAAGGUUUUGGAAAUUCAAAGUUCCUUGAAAAUCCUACAUUUUCUUCUAGCUAUAAUUUAUACAGUGGAGAUGCACAAGGUGGUUUUGACAUCUUAAAAAGUUGCAGCCACAGGGGAAGAGAGUAUUAUGAAAACCUUUGCAUGAAGGCUGUAAAUCAAUCAAUAGGUAGAGCGAUCCGUCACAUCAAUGACUAUGCAGCAAUUUUGUUGGUUGACACAAGGUAUGCAUCUGAUUCCUCAAAACGGAGCUUUGCCCAUCCAGUCACCAAGCUUCCCCAAUGGAUAAAAGAUCGUUUUGUUUCUACUUCCAACAACUAUGGCGAAAUACAUAAGUUGCUGCAUCAGUUUUUCAAACUCAAAAAGACAUGCUCUACUGGGUCACAGAGGGCCACUUGGAGAAAGCCACGCCCUUCCACAAUAGCAGAACCACCAAUGCUGAAGCUAAGAGAAACCAUUAGCAGGACCAAAACUUUCUUCCACAAAGGUCUCAAAGAUUUCAGGUCUCUUUUCUCUGGAGGGUAUAAAAAACUUCCCAGAUCUUUUUCUUUCAAUCCAUUCCUUGGUAGGAAUUGCCGUGCAAGAACUCACACGAGCGAUAAAUUUUACAAUGAGUUCUAUGAUCUCAUGCAGUCUGACAUUGGAAGGAUAAAGAUGUUUAGUAGCAACAGCAUAUCCAGGUCACAAGAGUCAGCAAUGGAAGAUGCUCUACAAGAGAGCAUUUAUGAAGAAAGCUCAAAGCUGAGAAAAAAGGAGGGCUUAAGUUCACAAAACAAGAACAAGGGAGCUCAUGUUUUAGCACAAAAGAUGAAGGAGUUGGAUAUGAUGGAUACAGGUGAUCUUGAGCAUGUACUAGACAUAGAAGAGGCACUUCACUACUAUUCUCGCCUUAAAAGCGGUGUCUAUUUGGAUAUUGUGGACAAGUUCUUCAUGGACAUAAACUCAGAGUUCACUGUUCCACAGCCCUCUGCCAGCUUCAAACACUCAAAGGGAAAACUUGGCCCAAUUCAGUUGCAGAUAAGAUAACCAGUUUACUUACAAUGCAAAGCAAAUUUUAGUGAUAGGUAAUUAGGUAUCAGUCCUAUUUCACCGUAUUGUGCCUCUGAUGUCUUCCUUUUUCCAGUUUGAUGUACUACUGAUUUUAUUUGCUUAAAUUCCCAUCAUGUAGAGCUUUCUUUUUCUUCUUAUUAAUCAUGAUAUACUUUCAGC